AUGCCAACUCCACCCCCCACCCCACCAACCCAACUUAUAAAAACCCUCUAUACGCAAGAAACCACCCUAAACACAACCUGGACAAAAACCCUCCACGAAGCCCGCAAAGCCCACCACGAAACCAACACCCCCUUCUACAAGCACCGCUCGCAACAAGCAACCGGCUACACGAACGACACCUGUACCCACACUCCCCUCAUCGAGGACUUCUGGCUGCUCGCCCUCCGCAAAGAACCCUCCACCCGCAAAGCAGUCACCAAACCCGACAUCGGGCCCUUGAAAGCCUUGACCGAUAUCCGGAUCGAAUGGGGCCAGGGGUUUGACUAUGUCCUCGAGUUUCAGUUUGCGGCUAACGAGUAUUUUACCAAUCGGGUGAUGCGGAAGGCGUUCAUUUUUGAGGCGGGAGAUGCAUAUCCGUAUCCGGUGCCGGUGGAGACGAGGGGUGAGGAUAUUUAUUGGAGGAAGAAUCAUAUAUUGCAGGCGGAGUGUCAUGCGAGGAUUGGGGCGAGGUCGUUCUUUGCGUGGUUGAGUCGGUCGGUUGCGUUUGGGGAUGGGUUGAGUAGUGAGGAGGAGGGGUUCGUUGAGGAGAGGCUCGGAGGGGAUUUUGAUCUCGGGGAGGCGAUUAGGGAUCGCGUGCAUCCUAAUGCUAUGAGUUAUCAUUUGGGGGGGUUGGGGGAGGGGGAGGAGGAGGAGGAUGAUAGUGAUUAUGAUAUGGAGUGGUAG